UCAAAUGCAGGCUGGAAUGAAAUCCUAUUUAGUUUUUCGAUCACAAGAUCGUAGUUUAACAUUUUAGGGACACAUAUUGCAUUAUAGCUCUUUGUUGAUUUCGUACACUUCAUGUUUGUGAAUGUCCAUGUGCAACAGUGUACGGGUGUAUCCGCCCUUGAAAACUGUGUUACAAAGGGUCUAAAGUCAGCAUAGCAACAAGGUUUCGAUUCAUGAACCUCCUAUUUGGCGUGGUGCUCAGUGUUUAUUGCUCGAGUGCCUUCACGAGAUGAUUGUUGAGAAUCUAUGGCGUUUGAAGGGGCAAAAGGAGUCACUAAUCUGAUAUCAUAGAGUAAGUAGUGACGCUACCAGUAUAGGAUGAUCACUCGGCGGUGGUUCCACCCGUCGUUGACGGGCGUGGACGCAGAGCGGCUGCUCAUGGACUGCGGCCGCGACGGGUUCUUCCUCGCGCGGCCCAGCAUGAGCAACCAGGGUGACUUCACGCUGUCCGUGCGCCGCGGCAACGAAGUCACGCACAUCAAGAUCCAGAACAACGGGGAGUUCCUCGACUUGUACGGUGGUGAGAAGUUCGCCACCCUUUCCGAGCUCGUCCAGUAUUACAUGGAGAAUCAGGGCCAACUGCGCGAGAAAAACGGCAACGUCAUCCGAUUAAAAACUCCCCUUAACUGCGCCGAUCCUACUACUGAGCGCUGGUACCACGGUCAGCUCACCGCUAAAGAGGCUGAGAGGAUGAUGCUCGAAAACGGGAAGAACGGCUCCUUCUUAGUACGUGAGUCCCAGCGCCAGCCUGGGGACUUUGUCCUUUCCGUGAGGACCCACGACCGGGUCACGCACGUCAUAAUUCGCCGUCAGGACAAAAAGUACGACGUCGGCGGCGGCCAACAGUUUCCCGACCUUGUCAGCCUCGUCGAGCACUACCGCAGCUUCCCCAUGGUCGAGACCACCGGCGAGGUGCUGCGCCUCAUGCAACCCUUUAACGCCACUCGUAUCCAGGUCCGUCACUUCCAAACACGCGUCAAACAGCUGCAGAAAGAGAACGAGGGGCCCAUAGAGAGCAUGGCUUACAAGCAGGGCUUCUGGGAGGAGUUCGAGACGCUGCAGAUGAUGGAGAACCUGCAGCUGUUCGACCGCAUGGAGGGUUCCAAACCGGAAAAUAUCAGAAAAAACCGGUACAAGAAUAUCAUCCCAUUCGAUCACACUCGUGUAGUGCUUCGGGACAUACCGCCCGACGCGCCCGCCGGCGCCGACUACAUCAACGCCAACUACAUCCGCUGCGACAGCACCGAGCCCGGGGCCGACCACGACUGUAACGGCUCCAACGAGAAUGGAUGCUCCCAGCUUCGAGGUGGCACGCCUACCAAGGGCAAAGAAAAAUCCUCCCCGAAUCACACAGUCGUCACAGAAGAAAAGUCAUUGGGCUCCAAAGAAAGUCUAAAAUCUUAUGGCAACGGCACUCAAAAGUCGCUUCCUCCUUUUGAACCCAGCGUCCUCCCUUCGAACCCCAACUACGUCAACACGACGAUACCGAAAGCUGCGGUGGAGGCAGAGAAUGGUGUCGCCGAGCACGUUUACAAUAAAACAUACAUCGCAACACAGGGCUGCCUGCCCACCACCAUCUACCAGUUCUGGUCAAUGAUCUGGCAGGAAGACGUCCGCGUCAUCAUAAUGACAACGAAAGAGAUCGAACGCGGCAAGGUUAAAUGCGAGAGGUACUGGCCACACUUGAACAAGACAGAUUCUAUAAUGAAGUUCACGAUCGUGAACGAAUUUGAGUCGUCGACGCAGGACUACACACUGCGGCGAUUCCUGGUGACAAAGAGCGACGAGCCGGGCGUCAAGAGACAGAUCUUCCACUUUCACUUCACGGCGUGGCCCGACCACGGCGUGCCCUCGGAGCCCGGCCGAGUGCUCAACAUCCUGCUGGACGUCAACUACCGCCUGCAGCAGAUCAUGACGAGCGCCGCGCCGCCGGCCGCCGCCGUCGUUUGCGUGCACUGCUCGGCGGGCAUAGGCCGCACGGGCACCUUCAUCGUUAUCGACAUGAUCCUCGACCAGAUCCGAAAAGAGGGCUUCGACUGCGAGAUCGACGUCCACCGCACCGUGCAAAUGGUGCGCGACCAGCGCUCUGGAAUGGUGCAAAACGAGGCUCAAUAUAAGUUCAUUUACAUGGCGGUGCUAGAGUUCAUCGAAACGGUGAAGCAGCGCGUCGGGCUAGGUUCUGCGGACUCGAAGGCGCGCAGUCACUCGAAGGAGAUCGUGGAGAGAUUCGGCUCGUGGAAAUAACGCUGUCUUGUCGGGUGACUACCAAUGGCCCGCCGCCACUAACAUUCGUAGCCAGACCCGAUCUCUCACGGCUUAUCUCAUGGGGUGCUCUAUUUUUGGUGCAACAAGCUAAGGAAUCUGGUUCUAUGCAAUGACUGUGCGGCUAAACUGCGGUCAUCCUCACUUGCUUUACAUGCAACGAAAUUCGAAACAGGCAAUGCAAUUUAUUCAGUGUACAAUACUUUUUAUUUUUUCAUUUGAACGUAUUAAGUAACAAAUAGAUUUCUAAGACAUCUCAUAGUCUGUGUUUGAAUUUAUUCGAGCAACAGUAGAAAUCGAUAAAACGGGAACAUUUCGAGAGUUGUAUAGUAAUAUUGUUAUCACCGAACGUUAGGAUGUCCCAACAUUUGCAAGAUUUGAAUUUAUUGUCUAAAGUUACAAUACAAGGAAAUAAUUGUAGUAAGGGAAAAAAGCGCGUUUUCUAUUAAAUUCUAAUCUUGCGUUUCUCCUGGGGCAUUCUAUAUAUUCAUAGAAUUAUUAAGUUAAUGCAAGUGUAAUCCAACAACAACAGCCUGUUGGAAAUCCCUGAAAUUUGUUAAUGGUAUUUUGUUCAGUACCAUUGUUCCGAGUAAUGAGUCAUAUUUCCUAAGAUUUUAUGAGACUCGGCUAGCGGUCUCAGUUAUCGAUUUUUCCAUAGUUUUUUAAACGUUUAACUUUAUAGAUAAUUUAAUUUGGUUAUAAAUACGUUUUACGAAAUCGUAACAGAACAGAAGUAUAUGGAAAGUAAAUAUUGAGGAGUUCAUGGUUUUUAGUAGUCUGGAACUAUUACAUAUUAUAAUUACGCAUAUUAUGCGUAGGUAUAUUGUAUAACUGAUAAUGUUUUGAACAAGUAUGUUUUAUACUCGUAAUACAUAAGGCCGAGCGCGGCUUCAACGUGAUCUCGAAUUGGAUUUUGGAUUUAACCGAUUUGUUUAAAAAUGUUCUUCCAGCUUAUGUGUGUAAAUUAUUUGGCAGUCCAGUCAGUGGAGCCUCGUUUAUUCUGAGAGCUUAGGCCCUCGUGGCCUUGCGACUCAGCCACUCCACAUUUGUUAUGUAGAUAGAGCUGCCCAGUGGAAGGUGUUGCUUAUGUUUAGAAAUUAAAUUGCUUGAUUUACGUAUACCUACAUCAAAGAGAAUGGAUAUAGAGGAAUUUUGCCCAAGUCAAAUUAGCAGCAGUCAAGUUGCAUUGACUGCCAUCUCUUGAUAUAGGGUUAAAACACGUAGAACCUCAGUUUUAACAAUUUGACCCAUAUCCUUUACCUGAUUUGUUAAAAAAUUAUAUUAGAGCCAUGUAAACGAACAUAAAGGCCAAACUCUUUUAUG